GUUCGUGACCGACACAUCACUAGUCAUCACAGCGCGCCUGUUAGGAAAUGGCACGCAGCCUGAAUCCCACAUGUAAACAUUUCACUUCUCCUGGCGAAAUUUAACUAAAAAUGGCACCGACGGAUCAAAAAAUGAAGAAUAAGAAGUUCACCGCGAAAGAUGGCAACUGGAAGAAACCACACAAUAACUCACAGGGUGUCCAGAAGAAGAGGAAAUGGGUCCCUGAACACAAAGUAUACGAAGGCAGUGUUAAAGAAGGUCAAGGGUUUGCUUUUAAGAGGAAGCAAAAAGUCCAACAUGAGUACAACAAGCUGCUGCGGAAGGAGAGGAAGAAGAAGAACAAUCCUGAGUCCAAAGCGCUGUACAAGGAGGAGUACCCAGAACACCUCAGGCAUCUGUACGUGGCCGAGGCACAGAAACUGAGGGACGAGGCCUGGACCAAUAGAUUGAACAGGAGUAUGCUGAGAAUGAAAGGGCAGGAAGAGAAGAGAGGUGAUAAUGAUGAUGAUGAUGCUGCUACUGAAGCUGCUGCUGAAGCUGCAGAUCCAGAUCCAGAAGUUCCUGGUGGAUCUGAGCCGACAGAUUCUGGCACUGGGAAUCCUGAACCAACAGCAGCCGCAGAGCAAGACAGUCUUCCAAUGAGCAACCGCAUGAAGAAAAAAAUGCUGAAGAAGACGUCCUACCAGAAGACAAAAGAGGAAUUUGAGACAGUCACAGAAAAACGGAAAAAGAAGAAAGAGGAGUUCCUGAAGGACCGCCAGCAGAGAGAAGAAGCCAUCCAGAAGUACAAACAGAAAAAGCUGGAGACGUUUCAGAUGCUGAGCAAAAAGACCAAGAAAGGACAGCCCAACCUGAACCUCCAAAUGGACUAUUUGCUUCAAAAGAUCACCCAAGGAACUGGGAAAUGACUCAUAUGACUCUUGUAUUAAUGAUUACCUGAGGACAAUCAGGAUUGUGAUUUUUCACACAACGAAAAUACCGUUCAUUUUCAGUAUUUUGCCGACUGAAAAAAAAUCUCUGGUUCAUUUUAAUCUCAAACCACAAGAUGGCAUUGUAAGACAUGAAGAGAUGAAAACAUGCUCAUGUAAUUUUAUAACAAAUAAAUGUUUAAGCUUCCUA